AGAAAAGGAAACGACGAAGAAGCAUGGAACGGUAGCUCGUGGCCGCGGAGUGCUCGACGCUCCGCCAUGUUUUGAGCGCCGUGUGCACCUCCGUGGGUCUUCACCAAGUCCGAAGAAGCCGAGCUCUUGCGUGGAGAGCUUCGAGGUGCCCAAACGUCGGCGGCACGAGAGGCGGUAGACCGAGCAUCUCGGAGCCUGCGGCGGCGCCGGCAGAGACGCGAGAAGCUGCUCUAGAAGCCCGCUACGCCUGCUACCAUGGAUUCCGACAAAAGGCAAGCUCUACGAAUCGUGGUCGCCGUGGCCAUCGCGUCCUUCUACGCGGGCGUCCGCGGCGACAGCGUCAAGCCACACCACCCCAACAUCAUCGAGAGGAUCGUGGAACCCCUUGUGCGCGAGGUGGCGCUCUCUCAGCUGGGCGGACCCGCGAAGCGGUCCUUCCCAGACGACCGCAGCGAGGUGAUGAACAAGCUGAAGAUGGAACCUAUCAUCGAGCCCUUCGUCGUCGAGGGUUUCGGUCUGCCUGCCGUCGCCGAGAAGGGCGCUGGGGCCACGGAAAAAGCCAAGAAGCUGGACGGCGGCCAUGACAGCGCCGGCGACCACGAGACCAAUGCCGAGUCGAAGAAGGUCAACGGCAUUCUCUCCUCUUCUUCAGGCCUCGCUGAGCCGCCUUCUCCUCUCUCACGCUUCGGCGGAGGUCCCCGUCACGUGGAUCUGAUGCAGUACUUCUGGAACAACUUCAUGGCCGCGCCGCCCGUGCCACUGCCUCGGAAGCCGGUCGUCGGCAGGAAUGAAGAGGGUGCCCUGAAGACAGAGCUGUUGAAGAAAGAGGGAAUCAACGCUACGGCGAGCAAGCCUGAGGAAGGGGUCCUCAGCAUCUUCGAGAUGAUCGUCAUCCCGAACCCAGCUGGUGCUAUCAAAAGGAAUGCCACGAAAGCGGCUAGAGGUGGUCUGCUGUCGAGGCUGUCUCCUGGGAUGAGGCCGUUUCCGGAUCUGCCAAGGAACCGCAGUGCAUACUCGGUUGUCGAAGCGUUUCCUGCACAGUAUGUCGCGAGCGACAGAGCUGUCGUGCCAACCAGAUCGCCGGAUACUGUCGAGAGCGCCAUCAUAGAGAGCUCACGCGACAGCUACCCCAGCAGCGCCUACACCAAGAUGGUCCUUCUGAUGCUGCUCAUGGCCGUCGCCUGCUUCAUAUCCUGCGUCCUCGGUAGCGCGCUGCCCUUCGUGUUGAAGAAUCGCGGUCGCAGCACACGUACGCCUUCGGUGUGGGUCACCAAGACUGGGAAGCUACUGCGCCUGCGCGGUGCCUCGGAGGAGGCGUCCCAGCAGCAGCCCGUGACACGCAUCACGGGUCCGUGGCGGGCCUAGAGGAGAAACCGGAUAUGGAGAACCAAAUUCUUCGGGGAUGUGCGAUUUGGUUUUACAGAACACACGGCUGAAAGACUGGGCAGCUUUCUUGGAUGAAGGUAGAAUGGCCUGUACACAUACAAGACUGUGGUAUAAAAGAAAAUUUGGGUUUCUCUUUUCGA